AUGAUGAGCUGGGUCAUCGCAGCCUUGCCCAUCAACGCACACGCGCACUGGGUCGCUCUCCAGCGCCCGCUCACCUUCCUCGCUUCCUUCGUCUACGCCGCACUCGCCCUCGCAACCUCCGCCGUCUUCUCCCUCCUCCGCCUCGAACCACCAAACUGCCAAUGCCCCAACUCGUCGCCCCGUACCAGACCUAGACCAGGUGGAAGGCCUCUCGCAGGACUCGCGGCACCCCAGCUCGUCCAAGAACCGCGCGAGUACACGAGCGCGCCGUCUUCUGUCGUCGCACCCUCCUCCUCCUCCGUCCGACCCCCGACCGCUCGCCGUCGCUCGGUCCGCAAGCUCGGCGAGUUCCCCUUCCACUCGCUCGACGGCGUGCAGGAGGCAGAGGAGGAGGACGAGCGCUCGGACGAGGCGGAAUUGCGUUCGCCCAGCAGGUCGUCGUCCGACUUGGUCCCCGCUCUCACGCCUGGCGCCUCAGAGACGGAUACAGACGGCGCGAGCGAGGUCGAGUCGAUCGAGGAGGACCACAGGCACGCGCACGGACACGGGGCGAGCGUCGUCAAGGGACUGGCAGUCUUGACGAGGGGUCUCUUGCCGAAGCGGACGCCUUCGCACUCGAAGAAGGGCUCGCCGGCGACUGCUUCGCCCAUCGACGAGUUGCACAGCACGCUCUCGACGUCGACCGCGUCCACCGCCGCGCAUCCGGCGACGCGAACGCAUCCCUACCUCUCUGCGCUGCGAUCUCGCUCGGCGACCGUUUCGCACCCUGCUCGCCCUUCGCUGCCUUCGACGCUCGCGGCCGUCGAGCCUAGACGACACGCAUCAGACCCUCGAGACCACGCCGCAUUCGCCAGCCUCGCGCCAGGCUCGCCAACCGAUUCUACCUCCUCAUCCUCCUCGCCUCGUUCGUCCGUCGAACUCGACUCGCCUGCACCGACGGUGAAAAGGCGCAAGAGGGCAGCGACGUCCCUCUUCCUCCGCUCGCUGUCGCCCCUCUCCCGCUCGCCCGGCACAUCUCCCGAGCCUUCUCCCCCGACCUCUCCCCGCCUCUCCACCCCUCCCUCCUUCGCUUCCAAACCGCACUCGGCUCCCCAACAGCCCCCGCACCUCCUCCGCACCUCGUCCGCCUCAUCCACAGACUCUUCUACCGAGCAACGAAGAAGACGCGGACGCAGCCCCGACCCGGCGAGGAUCAAGGCGCUCGUCGCGAGUGGGCCUAUGAGUCGAGGUGUGGUGGAUUUGGAGGGAGGAAGCGGGUUGUCGUUGAGUGAUUUGUUGCGGUAG